CCCAAAUCGAAUCCGUCUGUCACUCUCUCUCUCUCUCUCGUUACGCUUGCAAGAAACCCUAAGUUCCGUGCCUCUUCGUCGCCGCGACCCCAUUGUCGCCGCCGCAUCUUCGUCUCCGCAUCUCCGUCGCCGCCGCAUCUUCGUCGCCGUCGGCCUUUCCCUAAGUCCCUGCCUCCAUCGUGACCCCCCGUCGGUCCGUUGCACAUAGACCCUCACAUCUCGACGUCGCCCUCUCAGCCUGAGUCCCCUCACCUCUCGCCGUCUCACCGCUUCACACAGUCCCUUACUCUUGUCGUCGCACUUCCCCUCACCUCUCGCACCAAUCGCCGUCGCACACAGCCCCUCUCACAGCCACGUAUUUCUCACGGGGACACGUUUUGCUCACUUUUGAAGGAAGUCCAGUUUCUUUGCUAUCUUGCUGUUGUUGCUGGUGAUUUAAUUCAACAUGUCGUCGCUAAGGAAUGCUAUUAGUAGACGAGCUCACAAAGAAAGAUCUCAACCGCAUUCAAGGAGAAAAUUUGGUCUUCUUGAAAAGCACAAGGAUUAUGUCGAGCGGGCACAAGUUUUUCACAAAAAGGAGCAGACUUUGCAGAAACUUAGGGAGAAAGCUGCUUUCAGGAAUCCAGAUGAGUUUUACUUCCGGAUGAUGAAAGCAAAAACUGUUAAUGGAGUCCACAAAUUAGAGAAUGAGGCAAACAAAUAUAAUACGGAAGAGCUUAUGCUUAUGAAGACCCAAGAUAUGGGAUAUAUUCUUCAAAAAUUGCAGAGCCAGAAAAAGAAAGUUGAAAAGCUUACUGCCGUUCUGCACUCUCUUGAUAGCCAGCCAUCUAAUAGACAUGUUUACUAUGCUGAAGACAGGGAGGAGGCUAAAGAAAUACAAUCACGUUUAAAGAAAAGGGGAAAAAUGCCUACUUCUGAUUAUGUUAUCAAUGAUGAUAUUAGAAGCAAAACUGCUGCUUCCUAUAGAGAACUGGAAGCAAGGAGGAAUAGAGUGAGUCAGUUGGAGAAACUCUAUAUGGAUAUGGCAUUGCAGAAGGAACUACAGAAAAAGGGCCGGAAGCGCAAAUUACGUGAAGAUGAGCUUGUUUGUCCCACUUCUAAACCAGUAUACAAGUGGAGGUCAGAACGGAAGCGUUGAAAAGGUGUUUGGUGGGGUUUUUAUAAGGAUGCUUCGCAUUUAAAAGAGCAGAAGGCACCAGCAUUUUGUUUGUCAGAUUGGAGGCGUUUCAGUUUUUCCUUAAUUUGUAAAAAGUAGCUUGGGCAUUUCUUGCGGCCUUUCAGAAACAAUGAUUGUCCAAUCAUCUGAUAAUUCUCAUAGUUUUUAAAAUCUGCUAAGCUAACUGCUUGGAAGAAACUUGAAUAUGAGUGAUGCUUCUAUCAACAUUUACAUUAGUUUUGACUUUGCGGGUU